AUAAAACAUUAAUUUGUUUUAUCAGUCGUAUAGGGUACAUCGUAUACAGUUCAGUGAGUUCCAUGUAUGUAAAAUGGUAAAUGUAACUUAUUCGUGGACAUAUCGACAACGUUAAGCUGCCUGGCCAUAGGCUACAUGAGUUAGCUCCAUUUUGAAACGUUAUACAUCAAUAAUGUAAAGACAAGUAAAUUAAUAAUGUGACAUUUAUGUAGCCAAUUAACUUUGCUUUACACAUUAAUUAUACAAAUAUCGAUAUACUGUAAUCAUAUUAGCAUAAUUAAACAUUCUCUAACUUUAUUAAUAGAAAUAUAUUUUAUCCAUAUUUGUGAAACAUCCCAAUGCUUUCUGCAAUGUUUUUAAAAACUUAGUUGCGACUGAAGAGGUUUAGUCUAACGUUUACACUCCAGCACUGUAGAUGUCGGUAACACACCCUUCAGUCGGUGUUAGAGCCGUCAUUACCGAGCGUAUGACGUCAUUUUGUAGGCCAACCCGGACGUUUUCUUUCCACCAUGGGUUCCUUCAACAGAUUUCUAGUGUUUUUUCCCCAUAGGGAUUUAGUUUUCUGCCGAAAAUAAGGCCUGUGGUUAACGUAAGCCUAAGAGAGUUUCGCGUUUUGUUCUAGGAGAUAAAUUACACCCUUUAAUAUCUCAACCGUAAAUUUCGAAGCCACUAUGUGCUUUACAGUGAGUUGCUAACCAAUUAACUACAAGUUGCGAUAUUGAAACUACAACACCGGUCGCAUUGUGUUACGUCACUCUAUACUAGUAGUUUCCAUACUGGCUCGCCUGCACGCGACAGCCUUUGUAGUUUCAAUAUAGUAAUUUAACAGCUUCGCAAUCUACGGUUGAGAUAUUUCCCUAUGGGAAAAAACAUGGGAAUUUUGCCGUGGGAACCCAUGGCUAAAAAUUGCGAACUUACUUUCGGGUUUUAGGACUACAAAGUGUAACCAUAGAGCUGUAACCCAUGAAUACCGUGUGUUUUGCGUAGCCUUGCGUCACUGCUCUGCGCUAUCCUCGUUGUGCAUCCGAUUAGGCAUGUGACCUCUGAACUGUGUAUUGCAUGUGACCAAGGGCACACCUGAGCAUGUCUGUUGAGCGAAAAAAUAGUACUUCCUGGUUCUGAUGCGUUCCCCCAUGUCCUCCCCAUAGGUUUCUAUUGGCGUCGCUGUCUCUACAUAUAUUCUCUAAGGAGCUGAACUACUACAGAUUUUGAAUACGAAAUUAAAUCGGUUAAUACGAGAGAGUUCGAGGAAAUAUCACCAGGACAGGUUUCUGGAAGUUGAGAUCAAGUCGAACUGGCUGGAUAGCUAGCCCAUAUGGAAAGCUUUUUGACUCAGCCUUUUGUUUACAGUGACCAGGAUUUGGUUCGUCGUGUUGUGCGCUCCCAGGGAUGCGAAACACUCGAAAAACUGUCUAAAUUUGACAAACGAUUGCGGUCUACUUGGACUGAGAAGAUGGAGCAUGGGCUAUUCCGUUAUCCUCUCGGGGAUUUAAAGACACGGAUUCUUCCCGGACCGUAUGGUUUCGUAGCUCAGCUUAACAUCAUGCGGGGGCAAGAGAGGCGAAAACCUCAGCAAAUAUUCAGCAUAAGGCAACGAUUUGACUCGGAACAAUUCAACUUUAAUAAGAUACAUUCUCAUGAAAUUCUAUUUCAGAUAAGCAAACAAAACUCAAAUGAGGCAGAUGUAGAACCUCAAUUCAAAGACAUCACGUCACGCUGUAAUGAAAAUGGACUUGAAGGAGCACGCGACAAAGUGAUUGUUGUAAUCAACGUGAGUCCGCUCGAAUUCGGCCAUUGUUUAUUUAUACCGGAACCGACGCACUGCAUGCCACAGAUCCUUACUGCCUCUGCCAUUCAAACUGGAAUUGAGUCUGUGUUUCUAAGCGCCGAUUCAGGAUUUCGAGUGGGAUUCAACAGUCUAGGGGCAUUUGCAUCAGUUAAUCAUUUACACCUCCAUGGAUACUACUUAGACUCGGAGCUGCGGAUAGAAUCUGCUCCGACCGAACCUUUAGUUCCCAAGAAGGGCUUUCACCGAUUAAUUGACUUCCCGUCCGGAUUCUUGUUUUAUACGGAAGGAGAAUGCUUGCAUGAAACUGCCACUGUCAUUUGGCAACUGACAAACUUUUUAGUGGAAAGAAAUGUCGCACAUAACAUGUUUCUUACCAGGGGUUGCCCACCGGGUAAGCGACAUGAACCUGCGCUUUCUCGUUCUGGUGUACGCAUAAUCGUGUGGCCAAGGAUAUCCUGCUUCGGGGCGAAAGAAGAAUCCGCCUUCAACGUGGCUCUUUGUGAGUUAGCUGGGCAUUUGCCAUUUAAGAACAGAAGGGACUUUGACGCCAUCACUGAAAGCGAAGUGAAAACCAUUAUUCAAAAAUAUCUCCUUCCCGGUGACGAAUUUACGCAGUUACAAUCAGAGCUAUGCAAACAAUUACAAGUACAUCAGUAGCGUAGGCUACUAUCCGCGUAGAUAAUUCAACAUAUUUUAGAAACGCAUGGUGUGUGAACCUUUUGCAUAACUUUGGUGUCCAUGAUAAUCCAAGAAUGGUCGGGUGCGUGACUGCUUUUGUCCCAGCACUAAAACACCUGAUUCAACCAAAAAAAGAAAAAAGGUCACGUUCUUCCAUUAGAGCCUUUAUUAGUUGAGUCAGUUAUUUUUGUGCUGGGGUAGAACCAAAACCUUCACAUAGACCAAGCGUUCUUGGAUAAAAUAAAAGAUUUAAAAAAAAACUGUCUAUUUCCCUUUGACUGGAAGGCAUACUUGUAUCUCCCCCUGUAUCCUCACUCUGAUCAUUUUUUUUUCGUAAUGUCUAUCCACCACUCACAUGUGUUUGUAUUAAGCAUCUCAUGAUAUUUGUGUGUGUGUUUGCAUGUAUGGUACAUGGCCUUUCAGUAUUACUGACAUUAAUAGUUUAUUAGUUGAGUCAGUUAUUUUUGUGCUGGGGUAGAACCAAAACCUUCACAUAGACCAAGCGUUCUUGGAUAAAAUAAAAGAUUAAAAACAAACUGUCUAUUUCCCUUUGACUGGAAGGCAUACUUGUAUCUCCCCCUGUAUCCUCACUCUGAUCAUUUUUUUUCGUAAUGUCUAUCCACCACUCACAUGUGUUUGUAUUAAGCAUCUCAUGAUAUUUGUGUGUGUGUUUGCAUGUAUGGUACAUGGCCUUUCAGUAUUACUGACAUUAAUAGUUUAUUGAUAUGUGUUAUGGGAGAAUUUCUGUGCUGGGUGUCAAAUUUGUAUUGUCCUUUCUGUCUAUUCUAUGUUCAUUGCUCAUAUGGGCCUUCCUUGCUUGGACUAAUUCCAUUUGACACUGUGUGCUAGGAAGGGAGGUUGGAUGUCGGCGUGUAGCCUUGCUCUCAACGUUUGAGAGCAGGAUGGAUGCACCACGACCCGUGAAGUAGUCGUGGUUGCCUGCUCAUGGGAAGGCUUCACUCACUCCUUGUUUAAUUUGGGUUUCCUACUAUUUUAUGUGUGAAAUUCAGAUAGUCUUGCCUUAUGUACCGUACAUUCUUGUGGCACAUAUUUUAAGUACUGUAUAAAUGGCAUUAAGUUGAUUCUAACUGUUUCCAUGCUGUUUUUCACAAAGAGAGUGAAUAGUUUUCAUUAUUUUAUUAUUUUGCCUACAGCCUGGUGUGCUGUGAGGGGAAACAUGGCAUGGGGUAAUAUAUCUACAUAACAAAAUACUUGAUUUUAUUAAUAUUGUACUAUUUUAUGUCAUCCAGUUUGUUGAUGGAAAAAUACAAGUUGGAACUAUGUCUUUGAGAAAGAUGCGUGCAGGAGAGAUAGUGACGUCUUACACCUUGCACAAUCAGACCAUGUGACUUGCAGAAUGUAUAGAAGUUGACUCCAUGCCCAGAAUCGCUUUUGUCUUUUUAUAAUCAGCAUGUUUUGCAUAAUCAUUCUUCUCAGCAUAGUUACUGGCACCUUAUGCAUGUCAUAUAUAAUCAAGGAAAUCUUCAGAUUAUGAAAAUACAACAAGCUGUUGUUUGAAUGUAGCCAAUAAAACUUGCAAAAGGGUGUAUAUGCAAAAACAAUUAUUCUUAUGCGACAGGCCGAAGCCUCAUGCUUUGAAUUCGUGUGGUUUUCAUCCUAAAUUAUAUAGUAGGAUCAGUUAAAAAUGUUUCUACCCAUGAUUCAUAAAAUGGGCAUACUAAUGAAUAAAGUUUCUUAAAGCACA